AUGACAGACACGGAGGUCGAGUCCAUCAGCCCGUAUGGCCCAGCCCGGUCAACCGUCAAGGGCGAGCCUCUUUCUCAAGAGGAGAUUGAGAAAUACAAUGACUUCUGGAAGGCUAGCUUGUACCUAUCUCUGGGUAUGAUCUACCUAAAGGAGAACCCUCUCCUUAAGGAGCCCCUCAAGAUUGAGCACUUGAAGCUGAGGUUACUCGGCCACUUCGGUUCCGCUCCGGGCCAGAUCUUCACCUGGAUGCACUUUAACCGCCUCAUCAAGAAGUACGAUCUCGAUUCCAUCUUCAUCUCUGGCCCCGGCCACGGCGCUCCGGCCGUUCUCUCCCAGUCCUACCUCGAGGGUGUCUACUCCGAGGUCUACCCCGAAAAGUCGGAGGACGAGGAGGGCAUGCAGAAGUUCUUCAAGUCCUUCUCAUUCCCCGGCGGCAUUGGUUCUCAUGCUACCCCGGAGACCCCAGGCUCCAUCCACGAGGGUGGAGAGCUCGGCUACUCCGUCUCCCACGCCUUUGGCGCCGUCUACGACCACCCCGACCUCAUCGCUCUGACCAUGGUCGGCGACGGUGAGGCUGAGACCGGUCCCCUGGCCACUGCCUGGCACAGCACAAAGUUCCUCAAUCCCAUUGUCGACGGUGCUGUUCUUCCCGUUCUGCAUCUCAAUGGCUACAAGAUCAACAACCCCACCAUCUUGGCCAGAAUUUCACACAAGGAGCUCGAAAACCUGUUCCUCGGCUACGGCUGGCAACCAUACUUCGUCGAGGGUGACGAUGUCAACACCAUGCACCAGGCCAUGGCCGCCACUCUGGAGCACUGCGUUCUUGAGAUUCGCAAGUACCAGAAGCAGGCCCGCGAUUCCGGCAAGGCCUUCCGCCCCAAGUGGCCCUUGAUCGUGCUCCGCAGCCCCAAGGGCUGGACCGGUCCCCGCAAGAUUGACAACAACUACAUGGAGGGUUACUGGAGAGCCCAUCAGGUUCCCAUCCCCAACGUCGCUUCCAACCCUGAGCACCUCCAGAUCUUGGAGAAGUGGAUGCGCAGCUACGAGCCUGAGCGCAUCUUCAAGGACGGCAAGAUCUCCGACGAGCUCAAGGCCCUCUGCCCCACAGGCCAGCGCCGUAUGAGUGCCAACCCUGUUGCCAACGGAGGAGUUCUCAGGAAGCCGCUGAAGCUUCCCGACUUCAAGAACUAUUCCAUCAAGGUCGACAAGGCCGGUGCUACCAACGCUGCUAGCAUGAACAACAUGGCCACUUACCUUAAGGACGUCAUCGCUCUCAACCAGACCAGCUUCCGUCUCUUCGGCCCUGACGAGACCGAGUCUAACAAGCUUGGAAAGGUCUACGAGGCUGGCCAGAAGGUCUGGAUGGGUGAGUACUUUGAGGAAGAUGCCAACGGCGGCAACCUUGCUCCUGAGGGUCGUGUCAUGGAGAUGCUUUCCGAGCACACCUGCGAGGGUUGGCUGGAGGGAUACAUCUUGACUGGCCGUCACGGUCUGCUCAACAGCUACGAGCCAUUCAUUCACGUCAUCGACUCUAUGGUCAACCAGCACUGCAAGUGGAUCGAGAAGGCUCUCGAGGUCGAAUGGCGCAACAAGAUCGCCUCCCUCAACAUCCUCCUGACCGCCGUCGUUUGGCGCCAGGACCACAACGGCUUCACCCACCAGGAUCCAGGUUUCCUCGACGUCGUUGCCAACAAGAGCCCCGAGGUCGUCCGCAUCUACCUUCCUCCCGACGGUAACUGUCUCCUGUCCACUAUGGACCACUGUCUUGCCUCAUCCAACUAUGUCAACGUCAUCGUUGCCGACAAGCAGGAGCAUUUGCAAUAUCUGUCCAUGGAGAAGGCUGUCGAGCACUGCACCAAGGGCAUCGGAAUCUGGCCCCAUUUCUCCACCGAUCAAGGCGAAGAACCCGAUCUCGUCAUGGCCUCUUGUGGUGACAUCUCGACCCAUGAGUCCCUCGCCGCCAUCGACCUGCUCCUCCAGCACUUCCCCGAGCUCAAGAUCCGCUGCGUCAACUGCGUCGACCUCUUCAAGCUCAUCUCCCACGAGGACCAUCCCCACGGCCUCACCAACGCCGAGUGGGUCUCGCUCUUCACCGACGACAAGCCCGUCAUCUUCAACUUCCACUCCUACCCCUGGCUCGUCCACCGCCUCACUUACAAGCGCCCCGGAUCCAUCAACAUGCACGUCCGCGGCUACAAGGAGAAGGGCAACAUCGACACGCCCCUCGAGCUCGCCAUCCGCAACCAGACGGACCGCUUCUCCCUCGCCAUGGACGCCAUCGACCGCAUGCCCCAUCUGCACAACCGAGGCUCCGCUGCCCGCGAGACGCUGCGCAACCAGCAGAUCGCGGCCCGCAACGAGGCCUUCGAGACGGGCAUGGACCCCCCGUUCCUCAAGAACUGGCAGUGGUCUCACAACGGUCUGUGGGAGAAGACUGUUUCUAGAAUCGCCAACUAG